GACUACACCCAGUGUGUCUGCGCUGACUGCACAGCCGGGACUCUGUGCUGCUCAAACUCUCAUUAGAGAAGGGGGCGUGUGGGACAUCAAAAUAUACGGCUACAGCGAAACAGAGACCGCACAAGACUGUUACUCGGGUCAUUUUAAAGAUAGUGCGCGCGCUUGAAAUCAGAAGGCAAACAUGUCGUCAUGGCAGAGCUACGUGGAUAACCUGAUGUCGGAUGGCAGCUGCCAGGACUCCGCCAUUGUUGGGUACAACUCAGACUCUAAAUAUGUGUGGGCAGCGCACGAGGGGGGAACAUUCACAAACAUCACGCCCACAGAAAUCGACGUUCUAGUAGGAAAAGACAGAGAAAGUUUCUUCACCAACGGUCUGACCUUAGGUUCAAAGAAAUGCUCAGUUAUCCGAGACAGCCUCCAAAUCGACAGUGAUUGGACAAUGGAUAUCAGGACGAAGAGUCAAGGAGGAGAGGCAACAUACAAUAUUGCUGUCGGCAAAGCAGCCAAAGCGUUGGUUAUAGUCAUGGGCAAGGAAGGUACUCAUGGAGGGCUGCUCAACAAGAAAGCUUAUCACAUGGCUGAAUACCUGCGGAAAUCUGGAUAUUAAGACACCUCCCCACCUAGCAGCUGAUUCUUACCACCGCUUACUGCUCUAGAUGAGAGUUGCUUUGUCAUCCAUUUUUUUCUCUGCUAUUUCUUGUUCUACCCCAACCCCUACUCCAUUUCUUUUUUUUUUUUUAAUUUUUUUUUUUACCCCAACCCCUACUCCAUUUCUUGUUGUUCCACCCCAACCCCUACUGAAUGUCCUGGUGUUUUUUUUUUUUUUUUUUUUUUAUACCCUAAGCCAUACUCCAUUUUCUGUUCUACCCCAAAUCAACCCUAUUUCCUGUUGUUCUACCUUAACCCCUACUCCAUUUCCUGUUGUCUACCCAACCCCUACUCCAUUUUUUGUUCUUUUACCCUGACCCCAUCCUUUUCCACUGUUUCUUUAUAACAUCAUUCCUUUUUUUGCAUUUGUUGAGUCCCAUUUUGGUACUGCUAUUACAUUACUAAAUAUGAUAUAUUCAACACUAAAUCUUAGUGGAAGGACUUUCCCCAUUGUCACAUGUCUUACUUCUGCCCAUUGUUGAAAAGGAAAUAGAGAUUUUCAGUUUAGUUUAUUACCAAGGGCUUGAGCUAAAAACUCAAAUUCCCCCAUUCUAGAUCAAGUCUGGGAAAGGUUGACUGUAUGCAUAUCUUCGAGCCUACUUGGACCUUAUUCCAUGUAGACGCCAUGUGAUGCCAAUGAAAAUGGCUGUGAGGGAUUAAGAGAGUUGAUUCAAUAUGUCAUACUUUUGUAUACCUUGGUGCCGGUAGUUCAGGAAACGAAACAUUGCAAAUGCCUUUCCAAACAAUUUCCGGUGGACAUAUGACCUAUCAAAUGGACUGUACAUCCAUCCCUUGCAGCCUCGUUUUCAUUAGCAUCAAAUAGGCUAUAGCAUCUACCCUUACUAAGGUCCAUUUCUUUACCUUUCCCCAACUUCAAACCAACGCCACACUUUAUUUGUUAUCAAAGACACUUAAACACUACUUGUGGAUGUCUACACUUACGCCAUUACUAAUUAAUGCAUUUUAACAGUCUUUUAUAAUCUCUCUCAUUGUUUCAUGGACAUACAUGGAAUGAUCAGGUUGGGCAGCAUUGGGAGGAUGUACUCUUAUGUAGUUUGGCUGUCCAUUGAGUGCAAUGAUAUUGGGAAGCAACUUAAAAGCAAGUAGUAUUUCAUUAGGAGCUCAUUGGCACAGACAUUCCAUUAAUUCAAUUCCCAUUGACAUUACAUCAUUGCUGUAGCUCAGGCACGUAACUUUAUUUUGCUAGCUUAUGUAAAAUAUUUCUUUUUCAAGAUGUCUGCCAUUUCUGACAGUGGAUAUAUCCCAACAUAGCUUUUUGGAGAGUAUACAGUGUGAAUUCUAUUCAUUGGACCAGUUUUCGCCAUUGCUUGGGUUAUUUACAUGAUUGCUCUUCUGUCAGCUGUAAACUCUGACAAACAAAACACUAUUGCCUGAUCCAAAGCUCACAAAAAAGACGAUCUCAUUUUGUGGGGUCUUUCUUUUUAACACUUGAAUUUGCAUACCCAUGCUGUCAUGACUGUGGAAUAAAUUGCCUUGUUAAAGUCAUCAAUGCUACAACUGUCUGUCAAAACUUGAUGCAUAGUCAAGUCCAAAUGUUAAUGUAGGUGUGACACUAAAAUAAUAACAGAAAAUGUAUUUCCUGUGCCAAAAUGUAGAGAGAACCUGUUGCUAUUGUAAGGAUUAGUUUAAACAGCUUUCCAGAUUCUAUCAGCACUUUGUUCAAGGUGUUUUAGUAUUGAUGCAAAUGUUCUAGCCAUGUGGGAUAUUUGUACAGAUUCAAAACCUCUGACUUUAGUUUUUUCUUUCCCUGUACUUUUUCAUACAUCUUGGAUACAGAUCUGAUAUGUCUGAUUUAAUAUGCGUAAAACAAGAAAUGCCAUCAUUUAGUUUCACCACCUUGUUUACAGACAGAUUAAAUAAAUUUAUUUCAAACCAAAUAA